AUGACUCGCACCUUACCCCUUUUCGCUUCGCUGCUCCUUUGCCUGAACCAUGUGGCUGCUCAGUCACUUGGUAAGGGCCGAGAAGUCCAUCCAAAGCUCGAUACCUACACCUGCACCAAGCGGAGUGGGUGCAAGAAGCAGACUUCCUACAUCGUUCUGGACUCUGCUAUGCACCCUAUCUAUCAGAAAGACAACCCGAGUCUAGGCUGCGGUGACUGGGGAUCAGCACCCAACAAGACUGUCUGCCCGGAUGCGAAGACCUGUAACAAGAACUGUGUCAUUGAUGCCAUAUCCGACUACUCGCAAUACGGCGUAAAGACAAAGGGCAGCAGUCUCUACCUGGAUAUGUUGAGAGAUGACCUAUCCACGAUCAGUCCAAGAGCAUACCUCAUGGACAGCGAUCAACACAAGUACGACAUGAUCAAGCUGACUGGCAAUGAGUUUUCAUUCAAUGUCGAUGUUUCAAAGCUUCCUUGUGGCAUGAACGGUGCUCUGUACAUGUCCGAGAUGAACAAGUACGGCGGCAAGAGCUCGCUUAACAAAGGGGGUGCUGAGCUCGGUAAUGGAUACUGCGAUGCCCAAUGUUACACAUUCCCAUUCGUCGAUGGUGUCGGUAAUAUCGAGGGCAAGGGUGCCUGCUGCAACGAGCUUGAUAUUUGGGAAGCAAACAGACGCUCCACAGCUCUUGUUCCCCAUCCUUGCAACAUCUCAUCCAUCUACCAAUGCACAGGUGAUGAAUGCGGCUUCGAAGGUGUCUGCGACAAAUGGGGAUGCGGCUUCAACCCUAACGCUGUCGGGCAGCCAGACUUCUACGGCGAACAGGCCGGGGCUGAAGUUGAUACCAAACGCCCAUUCACCGUUGUCACCUCUUUCCCCGCAGAGAACGGUGUCUUGAAGCAAAUUCAGCGAAAGUACAUCCAGGACGGAAAGAUCAUCUCGAACACCUUGGUCAACCUUCCUAACAGAGUGGCCAAAAACUACAUCGAUGAUGCAUUCUGCGAGGAGAACCCUGGCGGAACCAGACGGUUCACCGAGCUUGGUGGCAUGGCGGAGAUGGGAGAAGCUAUGUCGAGGGGUAUGGUCCUUGCUUUCGCUGUUUGGUGGGACGUUGGUGGAUUUAUGGAUUGGUUAGACGGUAAAGCGAGUGGUGCUGGACCUUGCAACAGCACUGAGGGGAAUCCCGAGUUUAUCAAGACGAUUCAACCUGAUGUUGCGGUUGAAUUUAGCGAGAUCAAGUGGGGCGAGAUUGGAAGCACUUACAAGACAAAGUAG